GAGAGAGAGGAUGUAUUGUUGAAAGGAUCAAGAAGUGAUAACUAGAAAGGUGUAGUUAUCCAAUAUUGAUCACCAUGUCAAACAUAUCAGGAGAUGGUGGGAGUUUCCAUUCUGGAAAGAACACAGGAGAGGAUGAGGGCCAUCACCACCAUCCAUUACUUCAUCAGUCAUCGGCGAUCGGCCCCGAGGCCAACCCCCCACCGCCGGCCGCCAAGAAGAAGAGGAGCCUCCCCGGCACUCCAGAUCCGAAUGCGGAGGUGAUUGCGCUGUCGCCGCGAACGCUAAUGGCGACGAACCGGUUCGUGUGCGAGAUCUGCCACAAGGGGUUCCAGCGGGACCAGAACCUGCAGCUGCACCGGCGCGGCCACAACCUGCCGUGGAAGCUGCGGCAGCGGGCGAGCGGCGGCGACGCGGCAGAGGCGGCGCGCAAGAAGGUGUAUGUGUGCCCGGAGCCGACGUGCGUGCACCACGAGGCGUCGCGGGCGCUCGGGGACCUGACGGGGAUCAAGAAGCACUUCUGCCGGAAGCACGGCGAGAAGAAGUGGAAGUGCGACAAGUGCAGCAAGAAGUACGCGGUGCAGUCGGACUGGAAGGCCCACUCCAAGAUCUGCGGCACCAGGGAGUACAAGUGCGACUGUGGCACCGUCUUCUCCAGGAGAGACAGCUUCAUCACUCACAGGGCCUUCUGUGAUGCACUGGGCCAGGAGAGCAACAAACUAAACCAGCCCAUGAUGGCCCACUCAAACUUACAAGGCCCAGCCCACGUUCUCUUGUCGGCCGGUAACGCCCCCGUCACCACCUCCGUGGGGCUCGCCGACUUCACCGACGACGCGAAGGACCCUCAGCUCAAGCCCUUUUCUGAUGAGACUGCGCUGACUUCUCCUCGACCUCUCGGUAUGGCCGGGUGCAUGCUCUCGAGCUUCGGCCCAUCAAGCCUUCAUUUGAAAGGCACGAUAGGCCCAUUGGGCCUCGAUGGGCUCGGUGAUGCCAAUAUAGGCCAAGUAGCGGCCGGGUCCUCAGGCCACAUGUCGGCGACCGCACUACUACAAAAGGCAGCCCAAAUGGGUGCGGCUCCGGUCAGUAACAAUGUUAGCUCUGCCAUGAUGCACAGGGGCGUUGUGUCGAUGAUGGCCGGACCGGACCGGUUCUCCGGCACGAGACCAUGUGGCCCGAUAAAGGCCCAUGGGCUGUACAACGAAAUUCGGUUGCAAGGACAGCAGGAUCACCUAGCCGAGUUAGGAAUGAACCAACAUUACAGCGCGCCGAUGAAUGAUUUAAGUGCGUUUUCGAGGCCUAUCCCAUACUUGUUAGGUGGUAGUGGUGGCAGUGGUAGCGGCAGCGGUGGUGGCGGUGGUCGCGGUGGGGACGUGAGGAUGGUGGACUACUUGGGAGUGGGGCCCCAAAGAAGCCCACAUGAGCAGCACAACCCACAACAACAUGUAGGGCUUCAGGGAGUCAUUCCUCACCAGAGACUGCAGAGUUUAGGUCCAUUUCAGGAGAUGACCCAUGGGCUGAUUUCCUUGGAAAAGCCCAUCUGGGAUGUUUGAGUUUGUAAAGUGUUGUUAAGGCCAUAUUUGGUCUGAGGAUUUCUCCCUGAAAAUAAGAAGAAUUUUUUUCUCUUUCUUU